AUGCGCGGGCAGGAGGGGUCCAAGAUGGCUGAACUGCAAGUGGACUCGACGGUGGGAGGGGGCGGCCUCGGGGACGGCCGCGGCCCAGCCAGCGCCAGCCCCCGCGGCUCCUCCUCCUCCAUCGCUGCCGCCACCACGGCUUCCUCUCGCGGCCACGGCCGCCCAGCAGCCGCCGCCACGGCCUCCGGUCUUUCGUCAUCGCCGCAACCAGGGCCGGGGCCGCCGGAGCGGACUGGGGGCGCGGGGCGCUGGGUCCGACUCAAUGUAGGAGGCACCUACUUCGUGACCACUAGGCAGACAUUGGGUCGGGAGCCCAAGUCCUUCCUGUGCCGUCUCUGCUGCCAGGAGGACCCGGAGCUGGACUCAGACAAGGAUGAGACAGGAGCCUAUCUGAUUGACAGAGAUCCAACAUACUUUGGUCCUAUCCUAAACUACCUCCGCCAUGGGAAACUCAUCAUUAAUAAGGAAUUGGCAGAAGAAGGUGUGUUGGAAGAAGCGGAAUUUUACAACAUUGCAUCUCUUGUGCGACUGGUUAAGGAAAGGAUACGGGACAAUGAGAACAUAACCUCACAAGGACCUGUGAAGCAUGUAUACAGAGUACUGCAGUGCCAAGAGGAAGAACUUACACAGAUGGUUUCCACUAUGUCUGAUGGUUGGAAAUUUGAGCAGCUAAUAAAUAUUGGAUCUUCCUAUAGCUAUGGAAAUGAGGAUCAGACAGAAUUCCUCUGUGUUGUCUCCAGGGAGCUAAAUAACUCUACUAAUGGUAUUGUCAUAGAGCCUAGUGAGAAGGCAAAGGUAAGAAACUUGGCUGUGUGGGUGGGUGGGUGUGGGUGCAGGAUUGUUCCUGAUUCCAUUCUACACCUAUCAGGGUCUUUAGUCCUAACUAGCAUUUAUCAUUCCUAUCUCCUGCCUAGGUUAGCUUUGCAUUUGUACCUGCAUUGUAGUUCCUUGAUUUUUGAAACCAAACACAGACCCCAUCUUGCUCCAAGAUUGUUUAAUGGGGAGUGGAGAAUUGAAGUUCAGAAUUGUGAACUUGACAGAGUGGAAUGAACUCUUUGCAGUCUCUAUCAAAAUAAAAAUUAAUUAAAAAUAAAACCUUUCUAAUGUUUAAAUAUCAGAAACUGACAAUUCUGGUGUACUCCUUAGAAAGCCAAGCCUUUUGAAAAGUACUUAAUUUACUCUUUGAAAUAGCUGAUAUCACUGUUUCCUCCAUAGGAAAGGUCUUCAUACUCCCCCCCCCCCCACUUUUUUCCCACCUUAAUAUUUAUUAUAUUUAUAAUGGUCUAUGUAGCAUGCCUUGAAAUUCAAACAUGGUCUCAGGAGAAUUAGGUCAAUUAAAGCAUAUACUUAGGUCAGAUAAAGACUUACCAAACUCUUGUUAUUUUAUAUAAAUUGUGUUUUAUAUAUGUAGUCCCCUGACUUCCUAAAGCAGAGAAGAAAAAAAGUCACUCUUCCUCCUAAUCUGUAUGUACUAGACAUAGAUCUGAUAUGGAGUCUACACAAAACCAUGCUACCUAGGUUUAGGGUCUCCUUGGAUACUGACCAAUUACCAUUUGAGCAAGUGAUUGGAACUAGUUGGUGAUAUUCUUGUGGACAUUUCUUCAUUUAAUGAUGAUAAAAAAGGAUGGUCAACAAAGUGGAGUGGGCUAUCUUGAUCCUAACCUUUGGCUUUUAAAAAUGCUAGGUUUACUGGUUAGCAUAAUCCAGAGUUGAGCAUCCUGAGGCCCAGAAGGUAGCUUUGUAGCUCUUGAGACUUGAAUAUCUCUUUUUAUAACCUUUAUCUACUAUCUAUUAAAUUAUUAAUUCUUUGUGGUGUAUAUACCUGAACCUUGAAAGCCUAGUAUCUUGGACUGAUAAAAGUAUUUCCUUACCCAAAAACAAUUUCCAAAUCCAUGGCAUAAGCCUUCAUGAGAGCCAUGCUCAAAAUUAAGGUUCCCAAGACUAUUAUUGGUUCAUCAAUGCACAGACCUUAGACCUCACUUUGAACUGUCAAUAAACAACAAAAAUUCAACCACAGUAGUUGGCAUGCUUGAGAAAAUUUGACCCUCGGGUUAUUAAAAGGACUCCUGCAAUACCCUUUCUCUAUGUCAUAGAUAUAAAAACUGCUCUUGGCAGACAGUCUCAUAAGUAGCCAUACAUCUUUCUCCUUACAUCAGUCAGCCUAGCAGUCUCCAUUUUAAUAAAAGCCUAAAACCCAAAUCCAAACCCAAAUCUUUCACCUAAUUCUCUUUCAGAUUCUUCAGGAACGAGGCUCUCGGAUGUGAACUAAGAAUCUGGAUCCACUGAAGUCCUAGACAUCAUGAGGGCAGUCCAGCAGAGCAUCUCUCCAAAGUUCAGUGUUGCUCUUGUACAGUAUCCAUGCUAAGGCAAGGCAAAGCUGAACCUGGCCCACCAAUGGAGAAUCAUUCUGGCCGAAACCAAAGGAUUUCCCCCUCAGCCUAGGAAACAACAAAAAAAAAACAGAUGAGACUCCUACCUAAAGAGUUCUUUUUCAGAAACCUGCCUUUGUUUUGUUAGCCAGGGCUGUAACAGAUCUUUACAACAGUUGUGCCAGGUUCCUAGUUCGAGCCUUUACCAGGAUCUAGGGGAAAGGGGGGAGGAGGACCUAUUUAGCCAACCUCUGCUCCAUAAAUGGCUGGAUCAGGUGAAAAACAGGAUUCCUACCUGGGCUGUACCAUGUUCUCACUCCAAGAUUUACUGAGUUGGAAAUUUGCAGCUACUUGGCAUCCUUCUCUUCUUCCUCUCCCCCAACCCCCCCCCCCCCAUUUCUUCAAACGGGUACAACAGAUGCAAAGAAAUCUAGCACAGAUUAACAACAGAACUUUUAUUUUUAAAGGAAAGGUGAUUUUAGACUCUGAAAAACUUCAUCUUUGCUUUACAUGUUACUUUCCCAGUUUUAGAAUUGGGGUCUAAAUAAAUUAGAGGAGAACCUUGUGUCUUUGUUGAACUCGGGCGCUGGGAUUAAAAGAUUAACUUGCUCACAUUGUCUCACAUCACUUAAACCUGCCAUCUUCCCACAGGAGCUAGGAAUAGACCCAUCUUUUGGUAAGAGGUGAACUGUGGCUCCUUUUCCUCUGUGUCCCACAGAAUCCCAAGCAAUCUAGCUGGUUUGAUUGGGCUUAAUGAAUGCUUGCUAGCACUUAGUCUGGGGUUCUUUGUGCUGCCCUGUUCAGCUUUGCCUUGCUUGCCUCUAAUAGCAAGGAUGCUCCUAAGGCCCCUCCUGUGUCCCCUACAAUUGUUGCAGAAGAUGUGAGGCUGACUUUUGUUCUGUACUCUUUAUCUAUCCAACAGGUAGGCUACUUAACCAGCAGAUAAAUGAAAGUUUCUAUUUGAUUAUUUCAGCUGCCUCUGCAGCCUCCUCCACCCUCUUUGUCCUGUCUCCCUCUGCCAGCCUGUGAGCUCCCUGGCAGUAGCCAGGGCAGGGCUUGGAGGAGGUGGGGAAGUUGCCAAAGUUGUUGUGAUGUUGCCAUGUAUUGUAGCAAAGUAUUGUUGACUCCCGUGACUGUCUUUUGGGGAAUGCCUUGAUUGAACGUGCAAUGUUUGUAUAUGCCUCUCUUGGAUUUCUAAUUCCAGCCAAUAGGACUCACGGAUGCUUCAGUGACUCUGUACCAUACUAGUGUUUGUACUUAGUUGGAUGGAAGUUUCCAAGGUCUUGCACUUCUCCUAUGCUUCCCUUUGUCGCCUGUCUCCCUACAGUGUCAUGUUUAAUCCCAAACUACUUGUUUGGCCAGGUUAGGGAAUCAUACUAAAGUCCUCUAUUGGGCAGUGAACAAAGGAACUGCACCUGGGACUCUGUUUCUGGCGUUUUUGGUUACUGUCUUUGAGAAUACAAGGGGCCCGAUAUCCCUUCCUUUAUUUCUGAUAACGUGUGGUGUUGUGGUGUUAUACUAAAGAUGUACUCAAGGUUCCCCUGGGAAGCAGAAACUGGUAUUAGAAUCCUGCCCCUAGUUCAGGGGUUUGGGGAGCACUUUCAGACCUGGAUUACUCUGUGCUGCUUAACUAUUAUGUUCACUAGAUAAAAGUUCUUUCUUUGGGACCAGGGCAAGUCUGGACUGGCAAUUUCUUGAAACUGCCCACUGCCAGUUGCCUUUUGAACUUUGUGAUGGGCCAAUGCUUAGAUGACCUGAUGGUCAGAUUAUGAAGCCUGGUAAUGUCUUGUGUCCCUUAUUCUUUUGUAUGAUUUGAUAGCUUGUAUUUGACCGAGCCUCAGUAAUACUUGGGGUACAUGUAUAGGUGUAUGUAUAUAAAACCUGUAUUGGUAAUGUGAAUCUUCAGCCUGUAUCCAGUACCUUUUCACAGCAAAGAAACAUCAUAUAAAUCAGAAGACAUGUAAGAGUGCUGAAAACAGCCCUGUGAGGCGAUCUGUUACAGAGAGGAAGUUCUUAGUCAGGAAAAGAACACAAUGUAAAGGUAACAGGAAGGACUGCUGCUGUGUCAAGAGAGAUCUGGGUGGGUGAAGAAAACAUAUAGCUCAGCCUCUUAACUGCAGGCAGGAGGCAUGUCACCAAAGGAAGAAGGUUUCGUUUAGGGUCUUCUUUCUAAAUUUUAUGUCUUUUUUCUUCGGAGAUUCAACUCCCCUGUUUGCUUUAUGGAAUCAGACCAGUUGAGGCAUCCCUGAUAGUCAGUAUCUGGUUAUAAAGACAGUGGUUGUGGGGUAAUCCUGAACCCAGAACCCAAGCCUAGAAGCCCCAAACACAGAUUUCAGAUGGGAAGCGGAGUAACUAGGUAAGUGUCUGAGCUGACACCUUAAAGGUAAAUAAACUAAAAUUUGGGCAAGUAGUCUGUGAGAUGACUUUAGAGCAGCCUGUUUCCCUCUUAAGAUAAUCAAGAAAUACCAAGCAUCUACUUUGGGGCUAGUGCAACUAGGCGCUUGAGAGAGACGGAUAGUGUAUGAGGGCCCUGCCCUCAGAGCUCUUACAGGCUAAUUGGUAUUUAGCAAGUUACUCCACUGUAUCCCAAUGCUAUUAAAAAACUAAAUUUCCAGCAGUUUUAGAAAUCCAAUCCCCUUUCAAAUUUUAGAAUUGAUACAACAGAUGAUUCAAUUGGUUUGGUUUCUGUAGCUCAAGCCACCUUAUAGAAGCCCCUGUCUGAAACAAGAUAACAGGCUCAAAAAGCUUUGUCGCACAAGGAGAGCUAGCCUUAUCCCUGUUGGGUUUACCUAUCAACGUGGUCCAGUAUCUCAAGUUAUUCACAGUCUUGUCCAUUGUAUUCAGCACAGCCAUGUUGAAAGAUGUGCCCCUUCUGCCUUUUUAUUCCCCUCUUAACAACUGCCUGCUCUUGAGAUUGUCGCGGUGAUGCAGUGAAAGGGCUGGCAUCUCCAUAAGGAGGUGCCCUGCGCCCACGUGGGGAAGCAGGGUCCUUUCAAGUCCCAGAGGCCUAAUCCAUUUCCUGGCAGUGAGAUGGGAGGGAGGGUGUGGAAAGGCCCAACCUCCUCUAAUGUGUCUUUGUUUCUGCACAUUUCUAACUGAUCUCAGGGGUGACACUGAGGUGCUGGGGAGGAGGGGCCAGAGAUGAGAGAGAAGAGGGCAGCACCCCAGCAGGGACAGGACUCCCGUGCCCUCAGUGUUGCCUGCAAUUCUGAUGUGUGAUACUGUAUCUGUCACUUGUUGGUGCCCUUUGCUACUGUUAGUGUUUGAAUAACAUUUGAAAUGCUGUGAUUUUUUUUGUCAAUAAAGAGAGUAAAAUAAAUUUAUGAAUCUUGCAA